GGCCGGAGAAGGAGACGACGCGUGGUCUCCGGAGCUCCGGCGUUCACCUGCGGCCAAGCCAUGCUUGCUACUAGCUGCUACGGGAAUACGACGGGACACGCCCAGCCCUACGACAAGCGCAACGGGAGUUCCGGGACGGCGAGUUCCCCGCCGCGCUCGGCUCAUCGACCAGACCACCCGUGGGCUGCUAGCCGCCAACCAUGGAGAUCCACAUAUCGCAGGUCUGUCUCAAAGAAGUCAACGUCAGCACGUCGCCGUGAACAGCGAAGCUUUGCAAAUGGAUUGACACGAGCAACUGGCCACUGACGGCCACACGAUUAAGCACAACCACGUGUUCCACGCCAUGGACGCCGCCGCUGCUGUCGCGCUGCUCCUCCUCGCCCUCGCCGUCGCCGUUCUCCUCCUUGCACGCCUCCGGCGCCCCGCGAGGCCCCGCAACCACUGCCCCUACCCGAACCCCGUCCUCGGCAACCUGGUGCCCCUCGUCCGCAACUUCCACCGCUUCCUCGACUGGGCCACCGACCUCCUCGCGGCCGCCCCGGCCUCCACCAUCGAGGUGCGCGGCGCGCUCGGCCUCGGCAACGGCAUCGCCACCGCGGACCCGCGGGUCGUCGACCACUUCCUCCGCGCCAACUUCCCCAACUACGUCAAGGGCGCGCGCUUCGCGGGCCCCUUCGGCGACCUCCUCGGCCGGGGUCUCUUCCUCGCCGACGGCCGCCUCUGGAGCCUCCAGCGGAAGCUCGCCUCCUAUUCCUUCACGUCCCGCUCGCUGCGCCGCUUCUCGGGGCGCGUCCUCCGGGCCCACCUGCACCGCCGGCUCCUGCCUUUCCUCGCGGCCGCCGCGGACUCCGGCGAGCCCGUUGACCUUCAGGACGUGCUUAAGCGCUUCACCUUCGACAACAUCUGCAACGUCGCGUUCGGGGUCGAGAGCUCCACGCUGCUCGAGGCCGCGGGGGAUGAUCGGCGCGGGCAUGAGGCGUUCUUCAGUGCGUUCGAUGACGCCGUCGAGGUCUCCUUCGCGCGGAUGUUCCACCCAACGGCCGUCGUGUGGAAGGCGAUGAGGCUCGCUGGCGUUGGGAGCGAGCGGCGGCUCCGCGAGGCCAUCGGCAUCAUCGACGAGUACGUCAUGGCGAUUGUGGAGUCGGAGGAGCGGCUGCGCGGGGCGGACGACGACGAGCAGCAUCUGCUGUCACGGUUCACGGCGGCGAUGGAGGAAGACAACGGCAGCGAGCUCGGCGCCAUGUUCGAGUCGCCGGAGGCCAAACGCCGGUUCCUUCGCGACAUCGUGGUCAGCUUCGUGCUCGCCGGCAAGGACUCCACGUCUUCCGCUCUGACAUGGUUCUUCUGGCUCCUCGCCGCCAAUCCCCGCUGCGAGCGGCGCGUGUACGAGGAGGUGGCAGCGGCGGCGCGCCACGGAGACGACGACCACGGCGCCGGCGACGAAGAGCUGAAGGGGAUGCACUACCUGCACGCGGCGAUCACCGAGGCGAUGCGGCUGUACCCGCCGGUGCCCAUUAGCUCGCGGGUGGCGGCGGCGGGGGACGUGCUUCCCGACGGCACGGCGGUACGCGCCGGCUGGUUCGCGGACUACUCGGCGUACGCGAUGGGGAGAAUGCCGCGGCUGUGGGGCGACGACUGCCGGGAGUUCCGCCCCGAGCGGUGGCUCGGCGGGCCGGGCGGCGGGUUCGUGGCGGCGGACGCGGCGAGGUACCCCGUCUUCCACGCGGGCCCGCGGGCGUGCCUCGGGAAGGAGAUGGCGUACGUGCAGAUGAAGGCCGUGGCGGCCGCCGUGGUCAGGUGGUUCGCGGUGGAGCCGGUGCGGGCGGCGAGCAUGGAGGCGCCUCCGCCGUACGAGAUGACGGUGACGCUGAAGGUGAAGGGCGGACUCCCUGUGCGGAUCAGGAGGCGGGAGGGCGACGCGGCCCGGCAGAAGCUGCCCAGCUAGCUGACCGUGAGUCCGUGACAGGAACUCCAAUCAGAAGCACACAAUGACACAAUCACAUAGACUGACCGCAACUUUGGUUGGGCCAUCAGUGUCAGUAGCCCAGGAUAACGAGAAACAUGUUCCAACUUCCAGAAAUUCCUGUGAAAUACGCACUACCUUCUUUUCAAACAGGUUUUAGAAGUUGCAUUUCCA